UCGCCUCACCUCAAACGAGUGCACACCGUAGACAGACAACAAUCGAGACUCGAACGUUAACUGAAUUGUUUCCUAAACUAUAAGCCAAGCCGGCUUCCUUUACCACGAUCUACAAUGRCUGGUUUACAUGUGAUUGRUGUAUUAAUGGGUUUUAUUUGUUCAACCACAUCGUWUAUCUGGGAACAGCCAAGAGACCCGUUUAUGAGAUAUCAGUAUGUACCACCAAUAUCAGCAACAACCGGACGAUUCAAUCGUUAUUUCAUGGGUAUUCCUCCAUCCACUGGUAGGACAAGACGAGGACCUGGAGUAGCUCAGGCUAGUGAUGUGGUGUUCGUGUUGGAUUCAUCGUCAUCAGUUGGUAGAAGACAGUUUCGACAUGAAGUCAAAGCUAUUCACACUAUCAUAAAGCGGUCAGCGGACCACAACAAGUACGCUGCUGUAGUCUUCUCUUCAGACGCUUUCAUAAGAUUYAACUUUACAGACAAAAUAACAGCUUUGAGAAAAAUUACACAGAUUCCUUACGUUCCUGGUAGAACUAACAUCCAGAAAGGGCUUCUUUUGGCAAGAGAACUAUUUCUUGAUCUCAAGUCUAAUCUGUCGAAAAYCACUGAAAAGAAGGUGCUUUUGAUCACAGAUGGAUUAUCAAACGUCAAGCAAGAGUUUACUUUGUACCGCAGCUUUCAGCUGAAGAUGAUGGGCGUGCAGAUCUACGUCAUCGCCACAGGACGAUUCAUGUAUGGAGCUCCUGAYACUGUUGGCCUCGCUACCACGCCAUUCAGGCAUUUUUAUCGURUGUACAACAUGAAAGCAUURCUCAAAUCCACGAGAAUGAUACCUAUCUUACCAAUUAGAAAAGGUCAACUAUCGCCAUCUAGCUCGAUAGCGUAAUUAAUGGAAAGAUUGCUUGGWAUAUGGUUGUGAUUGGCCACCAAGUAUCCUCUAAAAAAAUUAGAUCAACAAGUGUUCGGYUCGAGAGCAUCUUGCUAUCGAUGUUAACAUGGAGGUGGUAAAACAACGGUUUAUACAUUUCUUCAUUAGAACAUCCCAUGGCAAAUUUCAGGAUUCAUCUCUUACGACGAUGGRUAUGAAAUGUAARCGAAAAUAGKCACUUCGAAWGRAUUAAGAAACAACAUUCUAUAUGAGGCCUCGUCCGCACUGAAUUUCGCAGCACUUUUUUUUCGUUUUUUGUUYCUUAGUUUUUGUUCAUUCCCUUGAUGACGUGUAGAACAAAACAAAAACGCUACGAAUACAACUCCAAUACGACGAAAGUUAUUUUAGUAAUUUUCACACUCAUUUAAGGUGGCUUUUAAGGAGCAAUAAAUUAAUAUUUUGACUUUACAAAAAGAAAGGCAAUCAUCAAUUUAACAGCGGUAAGGGAUCUACUUUAUAUUUUGUUUUAAUGUAAAAACAAGUAAUGUACUGUACAGACAUUUAUUAUUGUAAAAAUAGAAUAAAUGAAGAAAAAGCCACGCAACUUGUAACUAGGUUUUCUACUUUUUAUUAUUGUAUUUUUUUCUACUUUUUAUUAUGCAUUUAUGUAUGUAUGUAUGUGUUCCCUCGGAGCCGCGCUCCCUUCAGGCCAAUGACCCUCAAUGAUAAAGUAAUCAUUCGAUGUGUUAUCCAGUCAAUAAACGCUUCCAUACAAAUCA